CAGGUUCAGUGAGUGAGCUGAGAGCCAGAAGCAGACAUGGUGGCGCUGUCACUGAAGAUCGGCGUGGGGACUGUGGUGAAGACCAUGCAGUUCGAGCCGUCCACCAUGGUGUACGAUGCCUGCCGCAUCAUCCGAGAGAGGGUGCCGGAGGCGCAGUGUGGCCAGCCCAACGACUACGGCCUGUUCCUGUCGGAUGAGGACCCAAAGAAGGGCAUCUGGCUGGAGGCCGGGAAAGCCCUCGACUAUUACAUGCUGAGGAACGGGGACACCCUGGAAUACAAGAAGAAACAGCGGCCCCUGAAGAUCCGCAUGCUUGACGGGACGGUCAAGACCGUCAUGGUGGACGACUCCAAAAUCGUCAGCGACAUGCUUAUGACAAUCUGUGCCAGGAUAGGUAUCACAAACUAUGAUGAGUACUCGCUGGUGCGCGACAUCGGGGAGGAGAAGAAGGAGGAGACCACGGGCACGCUGAAGAAGGACAAGGAAC